AUGGACAUGCGGUCCAAGGCGUACCCGGCGCUGCCGGAGGGGCGCGGGCUGCGGCUGGUGCUGCCCCGCGAGGGAGACCUGCGCUUCCGCCCGCAGAUCCCGGCGGCCUUCGCGCAGCGGCUGUUCAUCCACGCGGACCCGCGGCGGCGCUUCUGGUACGCGCGCUUCCAGCUGCGGCGCAAGUUCAUCGUCAUGUCCACGCGCGGCGACCUGUACGCCAAGAGCUGCGUGGCCACCUUCACGAUGGCUGACCUGCCCAAACAGAACGUGCUCAGCAUGCCCCGCGUGGCGCGCGGCGACCUCGUCAAGGUGCUGGACCUGGUGCAGUGCAGCAGGAGCGAGGGCCAGCGCUGGGAGCUCGUCUUCACGCGCUGGCGCAACGGCAUGGAGACGUGGCUCCCGCUCGAGGUCGUGCAGCUCUACGGGCCCAACCUGCUGCAGGAGUUCUACGUCAACUCCAUCAACUCGUGGGCCUUCCACAGCCGCGUGCAGCCAGCUAGCAACCUCGCGCUCUUCCGCACAGAGGUGGAGCUCUGGCUCUUCCACACGGAGUUCCAGAAGUUCUACAAGCGACUAAGAGAGAAGAGAGCAGAUGGCGCAGGAUCGCAGCAGCAGCAGCGGGCUCACCAGUGGCAACACCGACGGUAG